AGUACAAACAGUUGACUCCCCUCAUCGGAUGGAAAGCGAGCGAGAGCGGUGAGCCUGCGAGCACUGUUGAUGCAGCCAGGAGUCGUCCGGUUGGCAGCGGAGCAGUCGCGAAUCUGCUUUCGCAGAGGAAUUGUCCAGGAGCCCUAGCCGGAGGAGAAUAUGGCAGGAGUGGACCUGAGCAGCUUGGACAUCCUUCUAAGCAGACGUGAAGAGUCGUCAGCUUUCUGCCUCCCGCAUAACUGGCUGUGAGUAAGCGUACCAAGGAAAAAGAAGUCAAGCCUCAGAGUCUACUGCCCUCAUGCGAUGGAACAUGAGUGAGAGCAGCGAGCCUGUGACCGUUGGUUGUGCCAGGCAAGAGCCCUCCAUCUGGGAGCCGAGCAAUCGCCAGUCUCGGACACGGGCAGGCACCCUAGGUGUUCAUCCCCACACGCUAUGUCUCGAGAGCCAUGGAGAAGGAGGAGGGGACGAAAAUCAUGCAGGGCAGUGGUACGAAGGAAAAAGAAGUCAAGAUGGAAAGUGAGUGAGAGCAACGAGCCUGUGACCGUUGGUGAUGCCAGGCAAGAGCCCUCCAUCUGGGAGCCGAGCAAUCACCAGUCUCAGUGAGAUAAGUGUCUGGUUUGGUGAGGGCUCUCUUCACGCCCCACCUGAGUCCAGGUAGAAAAGCCCUCUAAAUUAGGGUUCGGUUUGUAAGAAAAGGUUCCUGAUCAGCUGUGGUUACGAGGGAGAAAACAUCCCCAUUUUCAGAAGCUGCUCAUUUCUCUGGUCAAGAACGGUGUCUCCUCCACAGCAGAAGGUUGGAUCCAAGAGGAUGACUCCAGGUGCAAAGAGUGUUCGGCGUCAGCAUUCUUGCCCUCCCCUCAGUCUGCCAACUGGCUUGGUUGACAACGGCUGGUGAGCCAAGGAGCUGCUGAGAGACGCGGACCAUCCCUCUGUCAACAACUUCUUGAAUCAGCUAUUUCCACAGGUGUUUGAGGAACAAAAGGAUGAGUUUUUACAGAAGGCUUCGUUCCUUUUUCCAAAGACUCGCCUCUCGGGAGCACAGAGAGAUCCAUGUGCACAAAGUGCUCGUCCAACCUGCAGCCAUUGAGGCAUGCUCUGGCCUCAGCCCCCAAGAACAGGCCUUGCCAGAGAAGCCCCAGGGAAGAAAAUGCUCAUGGACCAUCCUGUCAGGCAUGAAAAGACUCUGUGUCUGUUGCCAAUCCCACAGCGCGAUGGCAGAGAGCAGUGAGGAGAGAACAGCUUCCUCUCCAAGAAGGUGGACACACUUGUCCCUGAAGAAGAAAGCAGCUGAGACCCAGGUGGAGGCAGAGGAGGUGAAGCUGCAGGAGACGACAGACAAAGACGAAGUGGAUCUUACAGGGACGAAGAAGGAGCCGUCUGACACGAAGGGGAAGUGGGAAAAAGGAAGCCCAGAAGAGCAGGAAGAAGAGCGCACUCCCAGCCCCUCAUUAACAAGCAGCUCCCAUAUGACGAUGACCCCCAGGGAGCACCCUUCCUCAGCCCCGCUCCAUGCCCUGCUGAUGGCAGCCGUGAAGGGUCUGACAACACCCACCCUGCAGAGAUUUAGAGCCGCAGAGGAAGAGCUGAGGGCCAUCGUAUCUCUCCACGGAGACAAGAUGGAGAGAGUUGGAGACGUGGUGGGAGGGAUCUUAAUCUGGCUCGACAACAGCUGUGAUCCCAGAGCCAGAAGAGCAGUGCUCAGGGCCAUGGCCUUGCUGGCUCGCUCCCACCCUCAGGACGUGGUUCUAACCUGUGUGGCUCACACGCUCUCAUCGCACAGAUGUGCCAUUGAGUUGUGGAAGGCCUUGGGUGAAGAACCACAGCUCACCAGGGAGGUGCUGCAGCAGCUGCUGGACAAGCUCCAGCAGAGACGCCGGGAGGAGAAGAGCAGCCAUGUGUCUCUGGCUGCAAUGAAGACCAUUUAUGAGCUCCUUUUCCUACGGGGAUACCGAGAAGCCAUCCUGCAAAUGUAUCCCCAGCUGCUCAUUCUCUGCGUCAGGCAAGUGCAGUACGUGCUGGAUCUGCACUUGCCAGGGACCUACAUGGCCAGGCAGACAUCCAGCCCCGAGGAGGGAUCCAGCUGCCUCAGCCUCCUAAGCACCUCAGUGGAGGCUGUGAAGACGCUUUUCUCCAUGCCCGGCUACUGGAAGGAAUUUGCCAGCAUCCACUUUCAUCGGGGUUGGGACAUGAUAGCCUCCCGAUAUCACUACUCGCAGGGGGUUGGCCUGAUUGCAAGAGCCAUGAUCGAGUUUGAGAACCCUCAGCUCCCUGCAGUUUUCAGAGAGGCACUCACCAUCGUCCAGAGUGGGAAGGAGGAGGAGCAGAGAACUAUCGCCCUGGCUUUCUGCACUGAGGUGCAAUUCUUACGGGCCCAGCUGCCAGCAAUCCUGGCCGUCUUUUGUGACAGGGAUGGAGGGCGUGUCCUGGAGGCCAUGCAUAAAGCUGCAGACAUCAUCCACCUCCUCAACAGGGAGGGGCUUGGCUCCAUCUCCCAGGAUAUUGCAGUCAGCCUUCGCCCCUUCAUUGAUGAUGAGAAGGGCAGUGUGCGCUCAGCUGCCAUUGUACUGCUUGGCAACGUGGUGAGCAGGGUGCAGGACCCCGACAAACCCUUGGUGCAGCAGGAAAUCAUCCACUGCUUGCUCCCCCUGCUGCUGCAUCUUGAAGACCAGGAGGAGAGUGUGAAACUGUCAUGUAAACUGACGCUCUUCCGCUGCGCAGUCUUCCUCAGGUGGGCUCAUUUGAAGACGCUCUUCCGCAGCAUGGCCUGGGAUGGCUCCUCACAGCUCUUGAAGUGUGUCUGGAUCUGCUUGAUGCAGAACAACGAGAGCCACAUCCCCAAAUUCCUGUUCCAGGCCUUACAGUACCUGGAAAGCUCACAGACAACAAUAAGACAUUCAGCAGCCCGAUUCAUUGGAAAUACUAUCCACCAUUACUGCGAUUUGUUGUCUGAAACCGUGAAUGAAGAUGGCAUCUCCCGCCUGUAUGAAGCUUUUCACGAAGUGCCUUUGAAAUCGGACAGGACUACGUGGUACAUCCUCAACAGAUAUUAUAAAUAUUUGCAGCAGCUUGAAAAUCUCGUGUUGGGUUCUGCAUUCGACUAGGGAACCGGGACCGACUCCGAAGAGCUCUUUGUCCUGCUAUGACAUCGAGAGGCCAACAGCAGCCAAUUGAGCCCACCACUGAUCCCAUCUCUUGUGAGACGGCAAAGCAGCUUUGAUGGGAAGGAGGAGACAGAAGAGGCCGAGCAGCAUGUGCCGGGCUGAACCAGCCACACAGAACCCCAUAGUCUAGGUGGAGAAAGCCAAGCCCCUCCCCAGCCC